CCUGGCUGAAUCGAUGGCCAGAAUUCGCCAGACCAAAAGACUACAUUACCCAUAAUCAGACGCCUUCCUCUCAAGAGCACAUGCGCAGUUGUUCGCUCUACUCUGGACAGCUGUAGGAGAAAAUGGCAGCACUCAUGCUAGGACAGCAGGUAAGACAUUCAAUGAUUUUCGUAUUUUUUAUCGUUUUAUAAGGAAUUUGCACAAUUUUUUUAUUUCUCAUGAACAAGUAUUAAUCUCUUUUAUGUUUCCUGGAGACUGUGGGGGACCUAAUAAGUUUCCAAUAUGAUCACACGAGGCAUUGCACUUGAAUGACUGCUAACGUUAGCCCACAAGCUAACCGUCUUUAAUGUAAACGGGACAUGGCGUGCCAGAAGUUCACCAGCUAAAGAUUUGUUAUUUUUCUGAGCUGAGAUUGUGCAUUUUUUUGUUUUUUAUUUUAAGGUCCGUCAGUUCAGCUCGUCUGUGGUUAGACCUGCAGCAAAACUGAUCAAGGUAAUGUAGUUUCAGAGUGCACGAUGAUGGUGGCAGAUAGCAUCUGAAAUAACUUGUCCCUGCAGGUGGGUUAACCUGUAUUUAUCACCUUCUAGCCCCCCAUUCAGGUAUAUGGAGUGGAGGGCCGCUAUGCCACAGCUCUGUUCUCAGCUGCCAGUAAGCAGAACAAGCUGGACCAAGUGGAGCAGGAGCUGGGAAAAGUCUCUGUAAGUCAAACCAGGAAAAAAAAUGCAGUUCUCUAAAGUGUAAUGUACAAUCAUUAACUCAUUACUUUCAUCCUAUUGUUUCUUAGGCCCUGAUUAAGGAUCCCAAACUUUCCAGCAUUGUUAUGAAUCCUCAUGUGAAGCGUAGCCUCAAGCAGAAGACUUUUGGAGACGCUCUCACAAAGGCUAAACUUUCACCCAUCACCAUCAACCUCAUCAGUGAGUGAUCACUGGCCAACUGGCUGUUUUCCUACUAUAAGAUUGCCCUUGGCUUUUGUUGGCAAUGUACAGAUUAUAGCUCAGUAAGCUCUAUGUAAAUGUAGUAUUCUGACAUAUCAUAGAUCGAAAGUGGAAUUGAUUGUGAUUUGUCAGGUCGGUGAAGAUAACCAAAAGAAUAAAAUGCUUAUAAAUCACCAACACGCUACAACAGUUAGACUGAAGGAUUAUGCUUAUUUAAGAAGUAAAUCAACAAGCUGUUACUUUCAAAGACAGCUGAUAGAAACCUAAAUUUAGAAACAUAUUUUACAGUUCUGCUCAUAUUGAGGCUUCUCUCAUGUUCUUCGGUAUCAUAAGUAAUGCGAAAAGCAUGGUCCCUGUAAUUCACACAGAUGCAUGACAUUUGGUUUGCACAAACCUGAAAGACAAACUGUUGAGGGGUUGCAUAUGUAUUUUCUGACACUGUAUAGCUUUUUGCUUUCAGAGCACACAUGGCAAAAUAGUGUUUUGCAGUUUCACUGUAUGAAAUGUAUUCCCAAUAACUUUCAUUUCAUAGAUUUUUUUUAUGUCUGUCCUUGGGCUUCUGUGACCUCUAAAGGACCUAUGAGGGAAGGAUUGUCAGAACUAUGAUAAAACUAGUGUUAUACAAACGGUUUGUAUUAUAGACAAGACAGAAUGAACAUUGUCAAACUUGCAGACUUCUUAUUUGUUAUUAGAAGUUGAAUUCUUGAGGAACAUGUUCUCACAUACCAAUAUUGUUGCUAGUAAUGCCUUUGUAACUGAAGUUCAAGCUUCACAGCACAUCUACAAAAGCAGCAUUACAACUGCACAACAGAGCUGUAAUGAUGUUUUCCAGGGAGUGAAUAAAUGUGAAUGAUUGUGUUUGUAAAUAAGACAAUUACUGAUGGAUAAUUGAUGCAGAAAUGUUUGGAUGGAUUCACAAACUAGGGGUCCACAAUUAAUUGUAUUUUGAUUGCAAUCAUGAUGUUGGGCCUCCCACAAUCAAAGAAAUAUGACUUAUGGCAGUUAUUGACAAAGCAGGGAAGAAGAGGAUCAAGUAUAAGUAAGUGUAGCAGAGGGACAGCGUGAGCACUGAUAGCAAGUCUGCAGAAUUUAUGAGCAUUAAAAACCAGCAUAAUAAGCUAACAAUGCAUGACUUCACAGUGAGUAACCCAAAGGCGCCUAUUAACCAAAACCAAGGUCCUAAUCUAUUAAAAAUGCAGUCAUUUCUUUGCUGCAUUAUUGUGUCAAAGAAUUGUAUCAUUUUGUAUGUAAUGUUGUUAUUUGCCAUUCUUACAAAUAGAAUGAAAUAAUGUCAUACCGGACUUAACAUCAACUAAGCAACUCUGAUACGACUAAAACUUUACAAAUUCUGCAUAGUUACAAUAGUACAGAAACACAUUAAGGUCCAUUUUUGUAGUUGCACAUCAUAAAUGUGAAAAGAUAAUAGGUGAUUUUUUUUUUUUUUUAAUUUCAUGAAAGAGGACUAGAUCACUCUGAUUACUAGGUUCAACAUUGUAGAAACUGGAGCAUAGAAAAUGAUCAGAAUGAAGGAAAUGAGUAAUAUGGGAAAAACAUGAUAAACAGUGAAAAAAAAAUUCCCUGCAAGAAAUGCUGUUGAUUAAUAACCUGAUCUCAAUGCUCAUAAUAAUGGCAGUGACUAUGAUUUAAGUCAUAAUCAUGCAGCCCUACUCAAAAAAACAUAUUUACUUAAAUGUAUCAAGUUAUGUUAUCAGCAGUCAGUUCAAACCGGUCAGUUUGAACGGCAAAGAAAGUGAGUGAAAAAUCUCCCAUUCUAACACAACCUGCUUUUGUGUGACAGAUGUUUUGGCUGACAACGGUCGUCUCACCUUAACUGGGGAUGUCAUCACUGCUUUUGGUAAAAUGAUGAGUGCACACCGUGGAGAGGUCAUCUGCUCUGUCACAACCGCUCAGGUAUGACAUUCAGUGUAUUUCUGUACAUCCAUGUUCAAUCAAAUGCAUGUAAAGACAGCCCCAUUGACUAAACAUGUUCAUUUUAUCCAUCAGUCACAAGUUCUAGAUGUUUUAAUCUGACUGCAAGUUCAUUGUUUAAUCUGCAAACAUAAAUAUUUGUGCAUUUCAGCCUUUGGAUCCAGCUAAUCUUGCUGAGCUGAAAGUAGCUCUUGAUGGCUUUCUUCAGAAGGGUGAAACUAUCAAGCUGGAGACAAAGGUACAGUGUCAGUGCAUGUUCCCAGACAUAUUCAUUUAAAAACACAAUUGAUUGUUAUUAUGACUGUCUAAUUGAUAGUAUGAGUGAUUUUACGAAAAAGUAAUUCUGUCAUCUAUCAUUCUAACUGUUGUAUUCCUCUCCCAGUCGGAUCCCGCUAUCCUGGGUGGCAUGAUUGUCAGUAUCGGAGACAAGUAUGUGGACAUGUCCACCAAAACAAAGAUUCAGAAGCUGACCAAGCUCAUCAAGGAAACUUAAGUCCUGUGGACUUAAAUCUGUUUAGGUUGGAGACGUCCAUCGGGGGGAGUCUGAUAAAUGUAUAUUGCUACCUGCUCUAGCACUGCAGUUGCUCCAGUGUCUGUGCUUCAGUUCAUAUGGAUGUUAAUAAAAAACAUUAAUAAAAUAUAAAAAUGGAGGAUGGCCUGGUGUUGUCAUUUGUUUUUAAUUUACACUUAUACUUUACUGUUUCUUUGUCAUGGACAGUGAUUGUGAGGACAAAAGUCAACAGUGUCAUGCAAUAUAUCCUUUCUAAUGUGGUUAUUAAAAUGUUUCCAAUCCUAAAGAC